CUUUUGUUUUCCUGUCCGAUCCCAGACAACAAUGAAGGCAGGCACCUAGUCCCUGCUGAAGGCCUAGGUGGCAGGGAAAGUGGUAAUGAUGACUGAGGAGGAGCCAAGGGUGGCGGUGGAGGUCCAAGGGCUGCCCCUUGACAUGCCAGAUGAGCUGCUCACGCUUUACUUUGAGAACCGCCGACGCUGUGGUGGAGGGCCUGUGUUGAGCUGGCAGAGACUUGGCCAUGGGGGCAUCCUCACCUUUCAACAAUCCGCAGAUGCUUUGAGGGUAUUGGCCCAGGCAGAACAUCAGCUGCAAGGUGCCUGCCUACGUCUGCGGCCAGCCCCACCGUGGGCCUCUACACGUCUGCUCCUCCAGGGAGUGCCAGCUGGCACCACAGCCCAGCAUCUGGAGCAGCAUGUUCAGGCCCUGUUGUGUGCCAUGGGACACCCAGUGUGGCCCUGCCGUGCCCUGGCCAGCCCUAGGCCUGAUAGGACCCUGGUCCAGCUGCCCAUGCCUCUUUCUGAAGCAGAAUUCCGGAUCCUAGAGGAGCAGGCUCUGAAUAUGGGUCUGGACAGGGCCUCUGUGUCCGUGGCCCGAGUGCCCCAGGCUCGAGAAGUGCGUGUGGUAGGGGCCAGCCCACCUGUGGACUUGCUGCUCCUGGAGUUAUACUUGGAGAACGAACGUCGCAGUGGUGGUGGGGCCCUGGAGGGCCUUCGCAGCCUGCCUAGGCAGCUGGGCACUGUCGUCUCCUUCCAGCACUGGCAGGUGGCUGAGCGGGUGUUGCAGCGGGACCACUGUCUGCAAGGCUCAGAGCUGACCCUGGUCCCCCACUAUGAAGUCCUGGAACCCGAGGAGCUCACUGAGGGCACUGCUGGAGGGAACCUCCCAUCCAUGAUGGAACCUGGAGCUGUGGACCAUGCCCUCCUGGAGGAUGGAGGGCUGGCAGGGGCCCCGAAGGGUGCAGGGGCUAUGACUGUCAACUCUGGGGAGGCAGCAGAGCAAUUGGGAUCCUUGAUGAGCAAAAGUCCUAAGGGAUCUUCAGGACAGGUCAUGCUAGCUGACUUGGGAACCGUGAAUUCUCUGGAGCAAGAGGGGCUCGUGAACCAGGGGCCUGUAGGGCUGCUGGAGAUGGAGGACACAGGACUCUUGGGUCUGCUAGAGCAGGAGGGCAUGUUGGGAGUUGCCAUGAGCCCAUCAGGGCAGGAAGGGCUGGGGAGUCAAGUGGAGAUCACCCCAAAUUCUCCAGAGAAGGCUGGGUUGGAAGGCCCAGGGAAUGUGGGGCUGGUAGAGCAGGAGGGCCUGGUGGACAUGGUGUUGUCAAUGGAGCCAGGGGCGAUGCGCUUCCUGCAACUUUAUCACGAGGAUCUUCUUGCCAGCUUGGGGGAUGUUGCUCUCUUCCCACUUGAAGGAAUGGAUGUGACAGGCUUUCGGCUCUGUGGAGCCCAGACCCCAUGCCAAGGGGCCCAGGAGUUGCUACAGAGUCUGCUGGGCAGCAUUAGCUGCCACAGGCUGAGCCUGAGACACCCAGGCAGUGCCAGAUUCCUGCUGGGGACAGAGGGACAGCGACUUCUUCGGGGCCUAGAGGCUCAGUUCCAGUGUGUCUUUGGGACAGAGCAUCUGGCCAGUGCCACCAUGGACACAAACCCUGAAGAGGUGGAUCCCACUGAGGAUCUUCAGGUCCUCUCUGCACACAGUCAUGCCCCGUGGUCCUCAGAGAGUAUAGGUGCUGACCAGGAGAACGUGAACCUGGAGGAAGUCCAAGAGAUGCUUGCCACCUUGGAGAGCCUUAAUUCGGAGCACCAGCAGCUCCCGGGGCUGCAUGAGGAGAAUUCUGAGGAGCAACAAGAGGGUGCAGAAACUUCAGAGCUGGGGAAGAAAACACCCAUACUUGGAGCUGAGGAGGAGCCUGUGGCACCUAACAGUGAUACACCUGAGCUCGAGCAGUUGCAGGAAGAGGCUGCACUGCAGCUGGCCCUCCACCGCUCGCUGGAGUCUCAGAACCAAGUGGCUGAGCAGAAGGAAGCUGCCACACUAAGGCGAGCCCUGGCCUUCUCUCUCUUGGAGCAGCCCCUGUUGGAGGCAGAAGAGCCCCUGGGUGGCAGUUCUGGUAAUGGGCCCCAGCUGGUGGUACAUGUGCCUUUUGAGCAGGAUGUGGAGGAGUUGGACAGGGCACUAGAGGCUGCCUUGGAGGAACAGCUCCAGCAAGAGACAGUGAGGCUUCAGGGCCGUGAGCUGCCUGCAGAACUGUGUGCUCCCCUGGAACGGUGCCAUGGUGUGAGUGUUGCCCUGCAUGAUGACAGUAUUCUUCUUCGUGGCUUUGGGGCCCAGCCUGCCCGUGCAGCCCGUCACUUAAAUGCACUUCUUGCUGGCCCAACAGAUCAAAGUUUGGCCUUCCCCUUUGGGGUUUCAGGCACUACCUUGCCAGAGCAGAGGCUGAAGGAGCCCUUGGGAAGACUGGAGAACUUGGCAGAGAGUAGCAUGGAGUUCCAGGAAGUGGUGCAGGCCUUCUACAACACCUUGGAUGCUGCCCAUAGCAGAAUCUGCAUCAUCCGGGUGCAGCGCGUGUCGCACCCGCUGCUGGAGCAGCAGUACCAGCUGUACCGGGAUCGUCUGGUGCAGAGCUGCACGCAGCGCCCUGCAGAGCAGGUCUUGUACCACGGCACGUCGGCGUCCGCAGUGCCUGAGAUCUGUGCACACGGUUUCAAUCGCAGCUUCUGUGGCCGCAACGGCACGCUCUACGGGCAGGGCGUGUACUUCGCCAAGCGCGCCUCCCUGUCGGUGAAGGACCGAUACUCGCCCCCCAGUGACGAUGGCCACAAGGCGGUAUUCGUGGCACGGGUGCUGACAGGCGACUACGGGCAAGGCCGCCCGAAUCUGCGGGCUCCCCCUCUGCGGGCCUCCGGCCACACCCUCCUGCGCUACGACAGCGCUGUGGACUGCCUCAACAAUCCCAGCAUCUUUGUCAUUUUCCACGACACCCAGGCGCUGCCCACCCACCUCAUCAUCUGCAAGCGCCUGCCCCACAUUUCCCCAGAGACUCCUCUUGGGCUUUUCGGGCCCUCUCGGGCCACCUGAUUCGGGGCUGGCCUGUGCCUCUAAUUACAGUUCUGCACAGCCCUCUUGGCGGUAGCUCGCGGGGCCAAGAGGACCCAGAGUACUGGGCGGGCGCCUUUCUGAGCCGGGCCUACCACCAGGGGUCAGCAGAGCCCAGCGGGAAGGGGCACCGGCUGGGCACGCCCGUCUUGUCCCAACCUCGCCGAGCGCAGUUCUGUCUUUGAAUAAAACCUGCAUGAGACCGGG